CUUGCUCUUCGGGGAGUACGGGCAUUUUGCGGACGAAAUAAAAUUGAAGCAGCGGCCACUUUAUUUUUAUAAGGGUUCCUUCUGUUAGUGGGUCGAUUAAUUAUUUUUUUUCUUCUUUCCUUUCUUGUUGACGAGGUUUGCACCGUGGCACUAUAUGCUCCAACUCUCCAGUCAACCGACGGCCUUGGACAGUGUUCAGAGAAACUCUACUCGUUCUGGGAAUGCCAACAUGCAAUAUGACGAAGCCGAAUCAGUAUUCAACGACUUUAGCGAGAUUUUGCAGUCGGAGGUGUAUGUUGACUUGGAACGCUUGCGCCUGUUAGCAAGACACGGUAUUCCACGACAGUUGCGCGGGGAAGUCUGGAAGUACCUGCUCGGGGUGGAAGAAGCCGAUCGCUCCAAAGAGUUGACGAGCUCCCGAGCGCGAAGCGAGGAAUAUCAUCAGAUAGACAAAGUUCAGCCAGAGAUCGGUAAACGUAUUCGCGGAGAACUUUCUCGAUAUCAACGUAGAACACCCGAACUUUCAGGGAAUUUUUUUGCACGAAAGAUGGAAAAUGUGAUCACGGCGUAUCUCACGACCAAUCGAGAUGCUGAUUAUCACCCUGCAUUGAUUCCACUGUGUGCACCCUUUAUUUACACCAUGGAGCACGAGUACGACGCUUAUCAUUGUUUUGACCAUUUAAUGCGUGCCAUUGAUGAAUAUUAUACCCAGAAUCCGAUCAAAGAGUGUAUGGCACAAUUCAUGUCCCUCUUUCGUUAUGUGCUACCGGAUUUAUGUAAUUAUUUUGAAGAAGAAGAAGUCGAUCUGAAUGAGUGGGUCACGUCGUGGUUACAAAAUCUGCUAUCAAAGGAAAUGACUUUUGACAAUCUCGUCCGCUUAUGGGAUUCAUAUUUUUCGAUACCUGAUCCCUUCGAUCUCCAUCCCUUCAUCUGCUUAGCUAUCUUGAGAAACGUACGCGAGAAUCUUGAGGAUUUGGAACAAUCGGAAAUCCGAACCAUGUUGCUACGACUACCAGCCAUGGACAUGCAACGGAUCCUCGCAGACGGACAAAAUAUCCAGCAUGAAACCAUGGAAAGACAAAUGUUUGAAGAUGCCGAAGACUUGUAACAUUUCCGUGCCAAAAAUUCUCGAUACUCCUAAUGACAUUUAUGAAACAUAAUGACCCCCAAUCAUCACCCAGUUAGACUUGAAGAAAAAAAAAGAGCUUGAUGACUAUAUGAAAGUGGACGCACUACGGAUACAUGGACCAUGUUGACGUAACAUUUAAAUGAAGGUGUAUCAAGUCUCUACAUGCUGUCCUGCAGUUGGGAAGGUGCAUUAGCUCACAUAGCACCUAACUCUAUUGGAUGAGCAAUCUUGUGCACUAUUUCUUUUUCACUAGUCAUUAUAUAUAUAUAUAUAUAUAUAU